GCCGCCGAACUCCCCAGCCUAGCCGGCUGCUCCUCGAGAGCUGACCCCCACGAGGGACUUGGGCAGCGGGCUGGAGUGACCGUGGCCGGAGGGCAGCCCGCUGUCCGGCUCGCUCCCACGGACGAGCGGGAGUGUGUGGGGGAGGAGGAGCCGCUGACCCAGGCCUCUGGGUGUGACUUGGGAGGACAGCCCAGGGGAAGGGGAACUGUUUCGGCCCCAGGGUGGGGCUAGCGCCCGUGCAGGGCCAGGCAACGUGGGGACAAAGAGCUGAGGGGGAUGUUGGCACUGCGGGGGCAUCACUUGGCAGCGGUGCCCGGAAUGAAUCCGAUAAUCCUACAAGUGGCUUUUUAGGCUUGAAACAUUUCCUGCAGUGUUGGAGAGCCGGGUUUGGCUAUACUCCCCUGGUGGCCUUUGGUAGGAAGUCACCGCAUACCGGCCGGGAGGGAUGGAGACACCCUCAGGAAACCGGUCAGCUUUUUCCUUUCUUGGGCAUUUUUCCAAAAUACUUUUACCGUCCUCUUCCCCCGCGGAGGACGAAGGUGGUGAGCUAAGUGCCUUGGUUAUAGAAGAAAGGUCCCCUGUCACCAGCCCAGAAUAAGCUGAUGCCCGGCUGACUGUGCCGAGGAGAUCCUGGUGUCCAGCGACUGUCUUUGACAAUUAAGGGGUUGUAGUUUUCAAAGCGAAUAGUGGAGGAAAGAAUUUUUUUUUUUUUCAGGAAAUAAACCAGAUAUACGCCAAUGGAAACAAUCCCUUCCCUGAAAGUGAAUGGAACUUCAUUUUUCCUUGGACUUCAGCAUUGUCAGUCUUAUACUGCAGGGUCUCUCCUUGCUCAGGGUGAGCCCCUCCAGACUCCGAAUAGGAGAUCAAGAAUUUGAUUCAUUGCCUGCUUUACUGGAAUUCUACAAAAUACACUAUUUGGACACUACAACGUUGAUAGAACCAGUUUCCAGAUCCAGGCAGGGUAGUGGAGUGAUUCUCAGGCAGGAAGAGGCAGAGUAUGUCCGAGCCCUCUUUGACUUUAAUGGGAAUGAUGAGGAAGAUCUUCCCUUUAAGAAAGGAGACAUCCUGAGAAUCCGGGAUAAGCCUGAAGAGCAGUGGUGGAAUGCGGAGGACAGCGAAGGCAAGAGGGGGAUGAUCCCAGUCCCUUACGUCGAGAAGUAUAGACCUGCCUCCGCCUCAGUAUCGGCUCUGAUUGGAGGUAACCAGGAGGGUUCCCACCCACAGCCAUUGGGUGGGCCGGAGCCCGGGCCCUAUGCCCAACCCAGCGUCAACACUCCGCUCCCUAACCUCCAGAAUGGGCCCAUUUAUGCCAGGGUAAUCCAGAAGCGAGUCCCUAAUGCCUACGACAAGACAGCCUUGGCUUUGGAGGUCGGUGAGCUGGUAAAGGUUACGAAGAUUAAUAUGAGUGGUCAGUGGGAAGGGGAGUGUAAUGGCAAACGAGGUCACUUCCCAUUCACACAUGUCUGUCUGCUGGAUCAACAGAAUCCCGAUGAGGACUUCAGCUGAGUAUAGCUCAACAAACAGUUUUGCUGACAGAUGGGAACAAUCUUUUUUUUUUUUUCCAAUUGCCAUCUAUACAGUUUUCUUACAGAUGUCAAAGCAGUCUAGUUUCUAUAAGCAUUCUGUUACCUGUGAUCUUUUUCAGAUUGAACUGCUCCAUUCCUAGUCUCAUUUACCAUAUUCAGGGUACGAAACUGGAGGGCUUGUGUGUUAACUUCUGAAUUGACAAUUUUAGGUGGUAGCAGCGUUGCCUGAGUAUAUCUGAAGGGCUAGGUAGCUCGCCUCCUUUCUCUCAGGCGAAACAAAUCAACCUGUGGAAAACUGCUGGACAGGAGAGGAGUGUUGCAUACUGCUUACCCUGAUUUAGUCAGUGGUUUUAUUUUCAUUCUGAAACCAUGCUAUCAAAUGGCAAUAGACUGUUCCCUUCCACCCCCGUGAAGUAAUCAUGCACCGUGUGAAUAGUACCCAGUGGGAUUGCUUUUUCAUUUAUAGAACAUGACCAUUGUAUGACUCAUUCUGACAGUUCAAAUCCUGAGAAUUCUGAGGACACUACUAGAGGCAUUUGUCUUCCUUCCCAGUCAAUGCUUCAUACUUUUUCUUGGGAUUCUUUCAAGCCUGGUCAUUCUUUUCCCCAAAACCUACAGAUAGGUUAUUUCUCAAGAUAAGUGUUUAUUUUCAUUCCAGAUGAUAAGCAGGAUGUGCAGAGCACUUUAUUCAGUGCAUAGCUUUAAGCCAGUAUUGGAUUCACUGCAUGGACAGCCAGACUCCCAGCUCUCCGCCUUCCCUCAAGGGGUCAAAGUAGGUUCACAUUGCUACCACAGCUAAAUAGACUCGCGGCUAGUGGGAUCCAGCAGGGCCGUUUCUCCCGAGUGCCAGUAUCCUCUUAGGGGUCUCUUUGGAAUUCUUAGCUUCUACUUGGAGUGGAAGGACCAAUCACUUAAGAAUAUUCCAUAGAAGGUUGGGGGGCCAAAUUCUGCCCUUUUGCUUUAUGUACAACUUGUAUAAAAGUCAAAUUAAAAUUACGUGAGUUUGGGGAUAGGGUUAGUGCUUUGAAAAAUGUUUGAACCAAUCACAAAUUACUUACGUAUUAUUCAUUUCAUAUGGCCAGAAUAGUGCUUAAAGUACAUUACAUUAUAAACUGCCUUCAUUUUGGGCUCUUUUUCUUUGUGUUCAAGUUUAGUUUACAAAACCUUUUAAGUGUGGAAUGAUUCGUUUAUAUGGGGUUAGGCGCUCCAAAGAAUAGACUUCUGAGACCAAAAAUGAUCUAGGCUAUUUAGAUUACAGUUUGAAUCUUUCAAAGUUAGUUCGCAGUCCGGAGGCAGUUACUAUCUAUAGUGUGAUAUGACCAAUAGAAACAUGUUUUUGCUUUUGGCCUCAUUUUGGAAAAGUAAUGUAUCUUUCCAAUUGUUUUGCAUAGGUUAAGAUUAAUUUGCCUUCUUUGAACAUAGGCCAAAUCAUGGUAUCCCAGCGACUAGCACAGUGCCUGGCACAGUCAGCGUACAGAUGUUUGUGUGAGUGAAUGAGGGGUGUGCAGAAGCUCAUUAUAUGGCACAGGGAAGCCAGCUGGCACAGGAUUUACAUACAUUACCACAAGCGAACUAAUGAGUUAUGCUAAUUUAAUAUAUUUUUACCUCACACUAAGGUAAUGCUUGAUAAAGACAUUAGUGCUCGACUUUUAAAAUGUUAGCACAGUGCUGUGCACAUAGUGGGUGCUCAAUAAUAUUGAAUGAACAGAUUUGCAAUACUAGACUUCAUUCCAUCUGACUACUCUGUUAAAUUUUCAGUUAGAGCAUAGAUACUGUAAAAUCCAAAUACACGUUAAAUCUUGUUUUCCUGAAAGUAUGACAUCUAAAAUAUUUGUAGAAAAGCUUUGUCACAACUGAGUUGAAUGUUUGUAUUUUCUUUUGCCUUUGACUUUGAUAUUGGCUUGUAAUGUCUCUUCAUCAUAUGUAAUAUUGGUGGAACAUGCAACUCCACCCAAAUCAUGAGAAUUUCUUAACCGUCGGUUGUCCAAAGCCAUUACAUGAACUCUUGGGUUGGAUUUGGCUGGGUAUAGCAGUUAUUGGACCUUAAGAAAUCAAAGGACUUCGUAUAAGUAUAUUUGAAAAGCAAAUGCUAGAAUCUUAUUCAAGUGCAUAUGUACAUUGUCACAGAGCAAAAUGAACUGAAAUUGGCUGCUAUAUUUUAUAUAAUAAUUUCUGCAAAAGCCCAUUUUUUGGAUACUAAUAUUUGACAUGGUUAAUUCUUAUUAAUUUGUUGGAAUUGUUUAUUGUUAAUAAUGCAAAUAGAUAAUUUUUAAUUAUCCUUAAGUAACAUUUCACUAUUAAUGGUUUGAAAUGGGUGAAAAGCAAACCAAUUUGAAAUAAAAUAUGAACAUGUGCCAUUGUAUUAUAACACUAUACACUUUCUUGACAGUUAAAUUUUAAAAAAAUGUGUUUUUUGUAGCAUGUAUUGUAUAUGUUUAUAGUAUAUGUAGUAAAUAAAAAUAUGGCCAAAUAUUUGGCUUGGUGAUCUUUUGAAGAAAGUAAUCUUUGAAUAUUUUUCACAAAAGAGCUAAGUCUUUUAUGCUUAGGGAAUAAGAAUUGUGUGUACGCCACAGCCAACAAUCAGAUAAGCAGAUAAAGAAACAAUCAUACACACUCUGUGGGUACUUAUCAAAGAUUGGUGAUAUUUUGAAGGGUCUCCAGAAGUCAUGAAAUAUUGAUUUGAGGGGGCUAUAAGAAGAAUGAUUAUGUGAAGAUUUGAAAAGGUGGAAUAAUGCAGAUAGAUAAUAUCAUACUUGUCCAGGAAUGGUUAUAAUGUGAGUGUAAAAAUAUGAAUGUGGUAUAGGAGGCUUUGUAGAGUAAAUGAGAAGUGUGGAUGAUGUACAGUAGGUUUUUAGAAUGUUAGGGUAGAUAUUUAAUUUCUCCUUUUGUAUAUAAGUAGCACUUUUACAGGGUAGACAACUUAGGAAAUUCAAAAAAGGUUUUGGGAGUUCCCGUCGUGGCUUAGCGGGUUAUGAACCUGACUAGUAUCUGUGAGGAUCCGAACCCUGGCCUCACUCAGUGGGGUAGUAAGGAUCUGACAUUGCCACAAGCUGUGGUGUAGGUCACAGAUGUGGCUUGGGAUCCCUUGUUACUAUUGCUGUCGUGUAGGCCAGCAGCUGCAGUUACGAUUCUACCCCUGGCCUGGGAACUUCCAUAUGCUGCAGGUGCAGGCCUGAAAAGAAAAAAACAAGGUUUAGCAUUAUGUUCUUCCAUUCCUUUCUCAAAGCACAUGUAUAUUUAAAUGCAUAAAAGGUUGACAUUAUACUCCAUAGUCUGUGUACUGUAGGUGGUGAAGUUUUAAAAUGAAAAUGACAAGCUUUUCCAGUCAUUAAUACAAUAUAUUCUGCCUUGGACCCAAAACAAAGCAUCUAGUUAAUGCUGUAGUCAGAGCAGAGUAUCAACCCAGAGUUAGAUAAAACGACUGCAAAGGAGCCAGCUUUGGCGUACACAUGAUUGACAGCAAGUUGAUUUACGUAGGUUUCCACUUUUUAUCGGUAAGAAAUAAACUGUCAAAACCUUGUGAUAA